AUGGACCCUGUCUGUCAUAUUUUUCUUCUUCUUCUGGCCUUCCACAAGAUAAACCCAUCUGUUUCAUCUUGCAUCACAGGAUGCUCCUGUUCUCAGGACAACUUUGGAAGGAGUUUGCUCUGCAUGUCUGCACUGCUGAGGCAGAUCCCUGCAAACAUCCCUCAGGACAUCCGGAAAAUCAGAAUAGAAAAUUCUCACCUAACAGAAUUGCCUCGUGGGUCUUUUGAGAACGUUAGUGCCUUGGAGUACCUGUGGCUCAAUUUUAACAACAUCACAGUGAUGCACAUCAAGAGCCUGGAAUAUCUGCCAGCUCUGAAGGAGCUGCGCUUGCAAGGGAACAAAUUAAGUUCGGUGCCAUGGACAGCAUUUCAAGACACUCCGACUCUGAAAAUCCUGGAUCUGAAGCACAACCGGCUGGAUGUCCUUCCAGAACACGCACUCCGCUAUCUGCCCAACCUGACCUAUUUAGAUCUGUCCUCAAAUCAGCUUACCAUCAUAUCCAGGGAUGUCUUCUACAACUGGCCCGUGUACCAGAGAAGCCAGAGGACGGAGGGGCCGCUAGAAGCUAUUUCCAAUGCCGUCCUGGCCCUCCAUGACAACCCCUGGAUUUGCGACUGUCGCCUGCGGGGAUUUGUCCAGUUUAUCAAGUCUGUGGGCCCACCUAUUAUUCUGAUGAAUUCCUACUUAACUUGCUCAGGCCCAAAAUUCAGGACAGGGAAGUUUUUUCAUGAAGUGGAGCUUAACAGCUGCACGAAGCCCCUGACCUCAGCCCUUGACACCAACCUGACAGUCCCAGCAGGGUUAAACAUCACCCUGACCUGCUUUGUGCAAGCCAGCCCUUCCCCGGCUGUCUGGUGGACCUAUGCACUCAAACUUUUAAGGGCAUUUAAUGUGACCACGGAGCCCAUCAGCGAGGACGCCGUCCGCUCGGAGCUGCUGAUCCCGGCGGCACGGCCAGCAGACGCCGGCAACUACACCUGCACAGCCGCGAACUUCUUGGGCAACACCUCGGUGGCCAUCAACCUCCGCGUGGUGGCCCCGUGGGCGUCCACCACGCCGCGCGGCUGGGCGCCCAUGGCCCCCGCGGAGCCGGGCGCCCACGUGGAGGUGCGCAUCGCCAAGCAGACGGUCUACGGCAUCACGCUGGAGUGGUUCGCGGCGGCGGCGGCGGCAGCGGAGCCGGGGGAGACCUGGUACACCCUCCUUGUGGGCCGCUACGACGCCGCCCAGAAGGACACCAUCUACAUCGGGCCCGGCGUCAACACGUACUCGGUGACCGACCUGCUGCCCGCCACCAAGUACGAGGUGUGCGUGGCCGUGCGCAACCAGGCUCCCCGCAAGGGCCAGUGCGUCGUCUUCGUCACGGGCAGCGACGUCAGCCAGAUGGAGCAGCGCGAGAAGCUCAUCCACAUCGUGGUCAUCGUGUGCGCCAUGGUGCUGGCCGUGCCGGCCGGCAUGUACGCCUGCACGGCCGAGGCGCUGCCCGGCUGCCUGGCCCGCUGCCCCAGCGCCUGCCCGCGCCGCCGCCGCGGGGGCCCGGCGCAGGCCGCGGGCAGCAAGGAGAGCACGCUGGACAGCCUGCCCGCCGGCAGCGAGGACGGGCUCUGCCGCCCCGACGGCGGCGCACGGCGGCCUCCGGACCGCCCGGAGCCCGGCAAGGCCCGGCCGCCCCACAGGAACAGCGCCGACCUCUACUAGCCCGGCUCUGCCGCGCUGCGGCACCUUCCGCUCGCCACCGCGGGCCGCAGCCGGUGCUGGCCGUCUCGAAGGACAGCGCCAGGGCGGCUCUGCGCUGCGAGGCCCGGGGCACGGCGGGCGCACCGCCGGUGCUGGCCGCACGCGUGGGGAGCCCUGGGAUGGAGGCGCCCGGGCUGCCCGGCCGCAGCUGUGGGUGCAGCUGCGCCGCCAUCGCCCCGGGCUGUCCCUGCAGCACUGUCACGGAGCAACGCACACUGACACACCAAGAAAACCAACACUAACAAAAAGCAACCCCCGAACCAAUAGCAAUGCUUGUGGCCAAAGGCAGAAGUGUCCCCUCACUCACCCACACAGGUGUGUCUUUAAAUAUUUGCGUCCGCAGCUCUGUCCAGUGCUCGGUGCCCGGUUCUCCUGUGUGCCAGCUGCUGGGAAUGGACAGGGAAGCUGGGCACGCCUGCCAUCACAGCCCAGCAACAACAAAUGGUGGGGAGGAUUGGGUCAACACGAUGAAGAGAUUUUAUUUUAGUUGGAGAAAAAAAUUUUUUUUUGACCAGAGGUGUUGGUGUUGGGGGUGGGUUUUUUGUUUGUUGUGAUUUUUUUUUCCUUUUUGGCUGUGUGUUUUUUUUUUUUUUUUUUACUCCUCUUUAAGGUUUACGCAGCCCUAAGAGAUUCACAGCUUUGGUUGUACCACAAACAGGAAAAGUUCAAGUGCUUCAACCAGGCUAGUGGAAUAAGUGGACAGGGGCAGAGAAUAUAGUGGAGCAGGGGGUUGGGAGCUGAGGAUGCAAACCAGGCACAUUCCCUAAGUGCAAACAGUGCCUGCCUACCCUGCUGCUUUGAAACCAAAGCUCACCUCUUUGCUAGAGGCAAAAAAACCCCAAAGAUGCAUGUAAAAGCAACUGCCUCCUGCUUGUGAAGCAGCUCAGUGCUGUGAUUCUCAGAGGUCUGAGGACAUGUGACUUACUAUUUUUCUUUUUUUGACCUCAUGCUUUCCAGCACAACCAAAGCAUGUGGCCCACAGACCCACAGCCCUUGUUAUAUGUGUUAUAGAUCAUCUCAAAAAGAAAAAUCUAGACUAGACACCCCAGCUGUUGUGAACUUCAUGCUGUGUGGUAGCUUGGCUUUCUAAUUGUGGUGGUGUGUUUUUUGGUGUGUGUUUUCCAUGCUGUCUCUCCUCAGGGCCUAUGAUUCCUCUCCCAGCACCUCCUUCUGCUGUACCGUACUGCACAGCUUUUGAACAGAUCUGUUUUGUCACUGCUGACUCUCACUGUUAAUACUUCACAGGACAUCCUAGGCUUGUCAGUCUUUUAGUGUCAAAGG